GUGGGCCUACAAAAAUGUUCACAAACAACUGGCUUAAUACAGUGGACGUUUGGCUUGCGAAACUGGAGUAGUUAAAUUGUAGUGUACAGUAAAAAGCUUCAUUUGCAUUUGCAAAUAUGACGACAAAUUGUUCAAGUGACAAGAAGGUCGGACUCGCCAUCAUCGGGAUGGGUCAGGCCGGGAAAAUCCACCUGAAGAACGUCAUCCAGAACUGGCGAAUCCGACUGUUGUGGAUGGUGGACUCCGACAGGACGAUUGCUGAGAGGUUGGCUGGGGAAUACAAUCUGGAGGGGGUCUCUAUAGCUACUUGUGACGAGGUGGAGAAUGUUUAUAAUGAUCCGAGGGUCCAAGCUGUGAUCGUGUCAUCACCGACAUUUACCCAUGAAGCGUAUAUAAGAGGAGCAUUGGCGGCAGGGAAAGCCGUCUUCUCCGAGAAACCAAUAUCACAAGAUAUUAGUGGCGUCAUACAGUGCUACGAUGACGCAAAGAAAUUCGGGAAGCCACUCUACUGCUCUUUCAAUAGGCGAUUCGAUGAGGCAUUUAACAGCAUCAAGCAGCAAGUCAGAAAAGGUGUUUUAGGCGAUAUGUACAUGGUGAAAACUUGCAGCAGAGACAACCCGGUACCAAGUAUGGAGUACCUCAAAAUAUCAGGUGGAAUCUUCCACGACUGUGCCGUCCAUGACAUCGACUUAAUUUGCUGGCUGCUUGGCGAAUACCCCACCGAGGUCUAUGUAGCAGCCCGUGCCCAUAUGAAGGAUGUGGCUGCCAUGAAUGAUGUUGAUACUGUGGCGAUAUCAUUGACGUUUCCAAGCAAAGUUAUAGCGAUUAUAGACCUGUGUCGUAUGGGCGUGUACGGUUAUCAUCAGACUCUAGAGGCAUUUGGAUCGAAAGGUAUGCUCACGGCAGAGAAUCAGCGACCGACGAACCUCCAGCACUCUACAGUUGAAGGGAUGAGUAUGGUACCAAUAGAGUAUUCAUUCCCUCAGAGACACGCCAAAGGUUACGUCAAGUCAAUCGAUUGUUUCUUAGAUGUUCUGGAAGGCAAAGAGGACGUGGGCGGUUUGGUCGCCACCAAGGAGAGCACGGUGAGCGUGAGCCGAAUAGCAGAAGCGUGUGAGGAGAGCGUCAAGACAGGACAGGCCGUGAAGAUCAAAUAUUAGACUAAAAACAUUGGUUCCUUGUCGAGUAUUCUUACAUUCAGGCAGGAACCGUCUCAAUUAAGGGACGAAUGCACAAGGACUGUCUGAUUGUGACUAUCCAAAAUCUCGGGGCUGCAUGGGUUGUGACAAGGUGGCUCCACCCGGAGAAUAAAUUAAUGAUAAUGUCAUCCAGGCGAUUCCUCCCACAAAAUGUUACAGUAAACAUAUCUGAUGUAGUGUAGCUGUUAGAGUAAUGUGUAGAGUGUUAACCCUCGCCUGGUCAGAUCUUCAAGCUGAGGUAGCUCAGGUAUCAAGGCAGGCAACAAGUUGAGAUACCAAAUUGUGGAGCUGACAGGCUUGAAAGGAGCCGAUUGGAUACAGGUGGGUGGUUGCAGGAAAAAUGUAAGGGAUGAGGAGUACGAGAUAGAAUGCAAAGAUAGAUGUAUUUGUGUGUGGAGUAAAAAGAAUAAAAUGAACUAUAUCCCCAAAUGAUGCGAUGUAAGGAGCUGAUUCAACAUAACAAUCAAACACGUUGUGACAUCAAGGUGUCUUUGAAAGAGUUGUGACAUCAAAGUGUUUCAGCCAAUGUCCUCAGUGCGUCAAGCACACAUACUGAGACAAGAGGAACAACAGGAAAUAACAUAAAAAAGACAUUUUAUU